AUGGACCAGCAGCUACCAUUAUUGGAGCCCGACAUCUCAUGGUCCUCGACUACAACUCCAAGCUCAGACGUUAUCGAGGUUACGCAAAUACCCCAGAUUAUUCCUUUUUCCUCGUCAGCCGGGACCCGUCAUAUGCGACCGCCAGUCCGGAGGCGCAUGCGCACUGAAGAGCGUCGCAACUUGGCUGGGUCAAAAAUGUAUGAGACGUUUGAGAUGUCAAUCGUGGAUUCUAGAGCCAGUAUGGACGGGUCGGAUGCUUCAUCUUCGUGUGGGGGAUUGACUAUGAUAACCUCUGCGACAUCAUCAUCAUGUACGGAUCCAUGGAGCUCGUCGGGCGGUUUCGUGGAAGAGGAGGAGGACGACGGUGAUAGCACUUGGGAGCAAGACGACAAUACGGCUGGUGAACAAGAGGAUGAGGGAAUUGUCAUUCCUAAACUUGAGCCCAUCGAGGAUGUGGAUAUGGAAGAUCUGGAGCAGGCCGACGUCAAAGGGAACAUUGUGUCCGAGUCACCUUCCUCGGAAUCGACGCCAGCCCAGAUAAAACGGCCUCGAGGUCGUCCGAGGAAACAUCCCAAGCCGACACCGGAGUCGAUGGCAAAGGUUACUAAGGGCAGGUCCAAGACAGGAUGCAUCACCUGCAGGAAACGUAUGAACUGUGAGAAGAACUCCGUACAGUGUGAAGGUUAUCCUGCAAAGACGAUAUGGAAGAGCGGCAAAGAGAAAGCAGAAGAAGGUAGGGUCAUGAGAGCAUAUCGGUCCGGAACGGAUGAGCUGAUCGGUCCAACAGCCCAACUACGCAGGGCAAGUUACACAUUGCCAAACAUCAAGUUACCGCCCAUGAUCAAUGGAGUCGAAACUGAAGGAGACAGAAUGUUCUUUCAGCAUUACAUAACCCGGCUGAGUUUGAUAUUCACGGUGGAAGGAGAGCAAGACACCGCUUUCAAGAACAUGUUAUUACCGAUAGCCUUGCAACAUUCAGGUCUUAUGCAUUCGAUACUAGCCCUUGCGAGCAAACAUAUCGACUAUCGCUCACCUUAUGGCCUCCAUAUCUUGCAAGAACACCCAGGUGUUGAUAUCAAGACAUUGGAGGAACGCUCUCAAUUUCAUCAUGAUGAAGCUGUCAAGGGGCUGAUACGGCAAGAGCAACAAGGCGACUCCAAUGUGGCAAUUGCUGCGACCUACGGACAGAUCUUAUGUCUUGUCCUUCAAACUCUCUCGGACGAGAACCCCAAUGGCCAACAUCGGUUCCAUCUACAACAUUACCAGAAACUUAUUCAAGAAAGACCUCCAGAGGACCUCGAUUUUUUGAAAUUCAUUCAUGAGUUCUUCCAAUACCAUAUUGUCGCAGACGAGUUAAUAGCACUUCCACAAAAUGGGACACGCAUAUUAGCACCAGAUGACUGGGACCUCCCAAAUACAGUCAUCCAACCGGCAGCUGUCCGCUUACUCGGCGUCUCGGAUGGUCUAUUUCUUUACAUGUCUAGGAUCACCAACAUCCGCAACAAGAUACGUGAGAACAUGGAAGCCCGGGUCGACCCCGUUGUGGACUAUACAUCACUUUACCGCGCCGCCGAGAUUGAUGCCGGCAUCAGAGAAUGGACACCAGCCUGGCCCGAAGGCGAUUCUCGCGACCUCGCCGGCCUUCUUUACAAACAGAUGAUGUGGGUUUACCUGUGGCGCACCAUUUACCCACCAAAAGCGACAAGCUGGAAACCCGACAACCGAAUUACUCAAGCCGUAGACGAUGGCUUAACGCUACUUGCAUCUUUUACGCCCCGUGACCCAAGCCAGACGCUAAUUCUGGCGCCGGCAUUCGUGAUAGGUUGCGCGGCUUUCGAGAAAGAGCAACGGGACCCAAUACGCAAGGCCAUCGGCACAGUGAAGGCAUACAUGGAGUACAGGAACUCGGAUACAGCACUGCAAGUUCUGGAGGAGGUGUGGCGGCUCAUGGAUGCUAAGGAUGAGAGGAGUUGGGAUUGGCAGAGCAUUGCGCACAGGAUGGGAAUGGAUUUCCUUGCCACGUAA